AUAUAUAUAAUGCAUGAGGUACGUGUGGUUAAGCUAAGAAUUAGAGGGAGGUCUAGCUAGGGUUGAUGCUAUUACUGAUGGAGACAACGACGCAGCAAGAGCCACAACAGGGAACAGCAGCGGGGGCGGCCGCGACAGCGAUAGAGAACCCAGAAGCCGCGGUAUCGGGCGGUUCGUGGCAGCAGUCGGGAUCAAUCGGGCCAUUUUUCGCAGUGAUCUCGGUUCUCGCUGUUCUUGCCGUGCUUUCGUGCGUGGUGGGGAGGAGCUUCGCCGGCCGGGAAGCGAUUCCGUUGAGGAGAAUUAGUAUGGAGAGUUGCAGGGGCUGUUCCUUAGUUGCGUGGGUAAAGUGCAGGUGGCGCCACCGUCGGUGUGCCUGCGAUGUUGAAGUGGGAGGAGGAGUAAAGAAGGUGACUGCAGCUCCCUGUGAAGUGAAUGCUGAUGGAAUGGAACAUGCCCCUCCUUCUGGUUGAUCCUAGAUUGCAUAUUGCAAGAUUAUUAUAUUAGACUACUCACUUGUAAUAUGUUUGAAAUUUUUUUUCUUUUAUGAUCCAAAAUCUCAAUCUAAGCAAGUCGUUCGGAUC